CAGCCGUAUUCAGAGAUUAAUCGUGACAUAUUCAGCCUUGCCUGACAAAGUUGUGGUUAAUUCUGAGUGCAUUUGGCAGCAGUUCUUUUAACACGAGCAGUGCUGCAGUCUGUGCUGUAGCUGCUGCUUCCAGAGAUUCCUGUUGUUUGGUUUGUUUUUUUUUAAACUAUGCUAGCUUUUCCUUCAGUACAUCUGUAUUUCUUUUCUCCAUCAUUCUGAAUAUUAGGUCCAGUCACCCUCUUUACCAGACAGCUUCUUGCACUGCACUUGUCUUCCCCUAUAGAUUGAAGGCAAACAGGCAUUCCUCGAGUAAUGGCAGUGUAGUUUUUGACCUGUGACAACUCUUAGAGACUUUUUUUCAUUUUGCCUCAGUGGAAGCUUUUAUGUGGCACUCCUACAGUUCUCUCUCUAUAUGUAUCUUUUUUUUUCCCCCUUUGCUUUAUUAUUUGGCUUGGGUUUUGGUUGUAUAUGGUUUUUAUGUUAGCAUAGCCAAAAACACAGUUAGGUGGCAAAAAAAAGAAAUAAAAAUAUAGCAUAUGGACAGCACUAAAAUAUACUAACCUUUAUUUGUUACUAGCUGCUGAGAUUUUGUGGAAGAAACUGGCACAGAUGGUGGUUUGCCAACUUUUGCUCUUUUUUCCUUGAAGUUAGACCUGAGAAGUCCUUGCUAACCAGUGGAAGCUUCUCUUAAACUUAUUGGACACUUAAGCAUGCGAGGGGAAAAAACCUUACAGUUGUCCUGUUUGUACUGGGCAUAGAGAUACUGAUAUUUGAAGUUCAUGUAUCUGAACUUAAGUCCUUUAACCAGAAAACGGCUUUUUACUGUUUUGAUUUCCUGAAAAAUUGGUGUGGGUAAGGUAAAAACUGUAAAUAUUUUCAGUGUGGUUGGUACUGAAAGUGGGAGAUAAUCUCAGGAGCUGGCGAGACUCUUUGAAAGAUACUUGGUUUCUUACUCCUAAGCAUGAAGUAGGUGCAUCAGCUGCCCUAAUCAGGUGGCUUUUUGCUAGUAAAGAGUACCCUUUCUCUUCUCUGUACCUUUUUUCUUAAGUAUGUUGAAGAUUAAUCUAUUUAAGUGCUAUGCCUAGUGUGGCAUUAUAAAAGAACACUGGCAAUCUCUAAGCUGAAGUUCAGCAGCCUAAUAGCUUAAACUAGGACACCUCUGUAAGUACUUAUUAGGGUGUACCCUGUUUCAGUAUUUUUUUCCCAGCAGGUGAUGUCUAAACUGUGACCCUGAAAUAUACCUCUGUGCUGGAAAUAACACUUGAUCUUAUUUAUUUUUUCAGUGUACGUAGACCUUGAUGUGAUUUGCUUGACUGUUUUCUUUUAAUGUGCUCACAUCUGGGCAUCUGAAACUGAUUAAAGGCAGCACACAUCAACAGAAUUAAUCCAUUUUUAAGCAAGCAAGCAUUUGAUCCAAGAGAUGUUGCUCUGAGAGUCAGUGAACUCUAGUUUGGCAGAACUGCAUGAAUCCUGCAGCUAGGAAUGCUCAGCUGAACAUACUGAACUUUGAGUCCCCAGAAAAGCAUGCCAGGAACAGGUUUGGCCAAAGGUGACCUUUGAUACAACCAGUCAUUCUAGUGAAAGAGCCAUAAGAAAGAGAAGCCUGGAAGGACUAAAGCUGCAAGAACAGGAGCACGUUCGAAAAAAGGGGGAAAAAAAAGACAGGGGGUUGAAAGAAAAAGACGUGGUGUUGAAAAGAAGUUCAAGAGAGAAAAAAGAAAGCUAAGCUGGAGAGGAGAGAAGAGAGGCAGAUAGAUGGAGAUGAGAAACAUCCCCCAAAGCAGCGGAAGGUACCAGCUGAAGAGCAGCAGUGGCCAGAGAAUAUGCCUGAAUGGGAAGAAAGGAAAUCCCUGCUAGCUCAGAGAAGAGUGGAGUCUGUCAGACUGCUUACAGUGCUGUUAAACCAUGUGAAAGAUAUUGCGCAGUUGGCAAGUCAAAAAGUGGAUCCUUCAUUGGGCGUAAGGAAGGAUGAUUCCUUUUCUGAAACAGCAUUAAAAGACAUACAUCGGGAACUAACUAACUCCCAUUAUCAUACACACAAAGAGGUGAAAUAUAAGGAAGAGUUUAAGUGCCCAUUAACCCCAAAAGGUGGCAGCUUACAUAGUGAGGAAGGAGAUGUGAGUAACUUCCAUGCAUCUACUUGCCAUAUAGUCAGGACGAUUUGGAAUGAUCCCUCUACAGCCCCGAGUUCUGACCGCCCGCCCGGCAGAGACGUGUACAACUCCUUUGGCUGUGGACCUUUACUGAUUACAAUUACACAAGACUGCAGGGUCAUCGAAUCCCUCGAUGGAAGGGACAACCCAGCACUGAGUGUAGUUCCCACACAGACAGUGUCUGAUGAAGAUGGUUGCAAAAAGCAAAAGGUUUAUGAGACUGAUGAAUUCAUCCAUUAUUUACUGAACUACUAUCAGACACCAGGCUAUGCACGUGUCUGCUCAGAGCCAAAACCCACUGUGAACAAGUGCUGGUGGAAGAGGGUAGUGUCCGAUGGUGAUAGUGAUUUUGACAUCAGCUUGAGUAACAAAGAUGGUCAGCACUUCAUGGAAGUGAGUCCUGUACAAAACUUCAACAAGAGAAAUUGUAGUUGCGAUGAUAACUAUAGGCUGGUGAUCACUGCUGGGGAACUUCAGUCAACAGGCACAGUGUUAGAAAACAAGACCCAUGGGGGUAGGUUUGCAAAAAAGUUGCAAGUGCGGAGGAAUGACUCACUGACUGUCAAUAACUUACCACAUGCUGGACUGAAUCAUUCUUUGCAUUGCACUGCUGUUAGUCAUGAUAAAGAACUCAAACCAGAAGAUGGUAGCGAUGAAGGUACUGUACUAUACAAGAUACGUAGAUCUGCUUGCAGAUUAAAGGAUUUGUUGGAAGAGAUCAGUGAUUCUGAGUACUUCAGAGAGGCACAUAGCAGCUUAAUGAAGAGAACAGAAAGAAGGUGUGAAGAAAUUUACAGCAAUUGUAAUAAAGGGUGCUUGCCUGCCAAAGCUGGGGAAAGAAGAUUACUGGUUUGCCUUAAAAAUGUAACUCUGGAAGGUCAAGAGAAGGAAAGCAGCAAAUGUAGUUUCUGUUCUAAUUCUGUCCAUCAGGGCUUAGUAAGGCAGUGUGAACAUAAGCUUAAGAAGUCGUGCAAGAGGUCUAGUAGUAAAUUAAGACAUGAAGGACAGAAAAGUGAGAGACAGUCCAGGGAAGAGGAGAGAAAUGCUUCCAAAAUGAAGAAAAGGCAAAAAAAGCUUUCUUCUAAUCUUUUAUCUGAUGAAUGUGGCUUUUCAGAGACGGACACUUGCAUGCAGCUGGAGUCGCUCAGAAAGAUACAAACAAAAUGUAAGAAAAUGCUCCAUGACAAAGUGAAAUUCAAGACAUUUCAUGCUGCCAUGACAAUACCAGAUGUUGCCGCUCAUGAUGGCUCGCCACUUCAGGAGACUCUCCAGAGGACAGGAGAUGAGAGGAAAUUAAUGUUGAGAAGAGAGAUGGAUGCAGAUGUCAGAGGAUGCCCUCUGUUCCCUCUUGAGAUAAUUCAGACAAACCCCUGCUCAGAUACUUUCUGUGGAGCAGAGCCCAGAAGAGGAUGCUGAACAGCUACUAUAUAAUGGCUCUCAAGUUUCUAUAUAGAAGUGGGAGAAGAAAGCCCUUUGACCAUUAAAUGGUAUAUGAAAUACUGGGGUUUUUUUUGCUUAGGUAAUUCCUUUGGUUAGAAUAUCUAACUCGUGUAGUGAGCCACAAAACCAGAAUCUGUGUUUGCCUUCUGGAUAACAAACGACCAAAACUUUCCGCAGGGCCAGAUGAACUUUCAUGGACCAGUUGCUAAGAAUUCGAAAGGUUACAGAUUGAGAGCUCAAAGUGUUAUAUUGUGAUUAAAUGUAGGGAACCGUGUAAAUAUCAAAGUUGCAGUAUUUAGUAAUAAUGAGUCAUUGGAAAAAAACAUAGCUGUGUAAAUACCAGAGCAAGCAUAUGAAGUGCCUCCUCAAUCAGAUCGUUAAAAUGAUGGGGCUGGAAGGUGUGGGGGACGUUUAUACUUAAUUGUGUGAAGUAAUAGAUUUCCAAAUAUGGAAAAAAUCCCAUCUUCUGUAAAACCCACCCUGGAAAAAUGCUUUUUUUCUAUUUACAAUUGUAGAGGUGUUUCUGAAAACUUGCUGGUCUUUUGGAGGAUGGAUUUCACUGAACUUGUGCUGGAUGUAGUGCUUCCAGGAACCCAAAUGAUUGUCUAAGCAAAGCUCUGAAUGUUAGAUGGUGAAAGGGCAAUGUUUGUCAGCUUGCUGACAGUCCCCGUAUAGAUGCAGGUUGAAAACUUGUCCACAGGAUUUCAAAAUGUGCCCUUUUGAAGGCACAUGCAGUGAGAUAGCUAUUUAGUAUGAGUUUCCUUACAGACAUUUCCAGAAGAAUUGUCAAAUGUCAGAUUCGUGCUGCAUGUAGGCAAAAAUGUGAAAAUGCAGUCUAGGAGCUUGAGUUAUAUCCAUAUUUGUUCAGCUGCCUAUAUUUACAAGACAGCAACAAUUGCUUUUGGACAAAGUCCCUUAGCAGGAUACAGAGGACCAGUUCUAAGUUCGAUACACUGAUUAUUUCAGCUUUCAUUUUAGUAUGCUUUAUUUAUUACAUGUCAAUAUACUAAGUUAAUGUCAUGAUGUUGCCUUCAUUACAUAGAAUCUUACCCAUGUUUGUAACUUCUGGUCUAAUAAAUAGUAAUAAAAAAAAAUAGUAAUUGUUCGUGGUAGAUAGAUUCCCCCUCCCCCCCCAGUGUUCAAUACUGGUGAUUCCUACAGGCUUCUAAACCAGGUUUUAUCAGUCUUCUCUGUUCAUACGUUCAGAUGUUGAGUGCCUUUUCAGGAUCAUGAAUGACAAAUGGUUGCUACUCAAAGUACUCUUAGUCUAUUACUUUUAUCUAAAAAGAUGUUAUUUUCUUGACAUAAAUAUUUUCUGACUAUUUUGGAGAACUUUAUGCCCCUCAUAAGUCUCCUUUUUAGUAUUUUAUGGAGUUACAAUGAAGAUCAUCUAUUGUAUUUGUUGACCGUGUAAAAUGUUUCACUUGCACUGAUACAACAUACCAAGGGUGUUUGUUUUUUCUCUACGCAAUAUUUGCAGAUUAAGUAUGGCAAAACUUUCCCCUCUGCCAAUCCAUAGACAGUCCUGUGUCCCUAAGUACCCAUUUCCCAUGAGACAGGCUUUUCAAUUACAGAUGAGGAAGUAUUUCUUCUUGUUAAUCUGGGGGAGCAGGAACUAAAGAUUUCCUUUGGUGUAAAUGUCCAGUGUUUUAUGAACAUGUCACAAUAUUCAAUAACAAAUAAAUACCAGUUCUGUAAUA